CACGAUUGAUGGCUGAUUCAGUUCACACGGACAAAAAUACGCAGUUCAGGUGGCGACGCAGGCGCUAGUCUUCCCAUCCCCGCCCUCCCCAGAACAGCUCAUGGACGAACGGCACAGGCCUCAAAGAAGAAAAGCACAGCACUCAUCCUCUCACCAAUCCGCCAAACCACUACAAGCGUACGAAAAUCAGGGUUAGCCAACCUUCUCCUUCUUCAACUCCUUCCUGCCAUCGUUCCCUCUGAUCUCGGGGGGCGGCGGCAGUGUCAGCGACGCCUCCAUCUCAGACCUGCCCCUCAGCAUGUGGCUGGGCGACCCGACAAACACAUCAUCACUCGACAUACCCCCGACAGCCGGCGGGACGAACCGCACAGGGCUGUCGGCGGCCAGUGGGCUCUCGUCGGUUACUCCGCCGGGCCGAAGGGACGGGCGGAUGAGCGGGUGCAGCAUCGACAUAGGGUUGCCUGCGGGGCUGGCGGCUAUUUGUGCACUGAAGGGUGUGACGGCAUAUGGAGGUCGGAAGAAGCUCGACGGCGUGAUUGGGUUGUCGAAUGGGAGGGGCAGGGGCGGGGGGAGGGACGGGUGCACGUGAUCGUGAGAGGUAUCGUGGCGGGGAGCUUUCAGCGGAGGCGGCAUGACAAAGUCGGCGGGAUGAGUGGCUGCAACGCUGGAGUCCGACUUCCGCUUCUCGAGAAUCGAUGUGAGGCUAAGAGAGAGGGAAGGAGACAGGACUUGUCUGUACUUCUAUCUCAGUGGGCCCACCAGUGGUGCUGAUGCUUGAUCUCCUCUCUCAGCUUCCAAACCGUCUCGACACACUGCUCCAUGGCACGAUACUUCUCGUUGAGGCCGUCAAUCAGACGCCUCACGUCACUGCCAGCAACGUCACCCUCAUUCUCAUGCCCCUCAUCUUCUUCGCUGUCCUCCUGCUCUUCCUGUGCGUGGUGCUCAUGGUGGUGGUCAUGGUGCUGGUGGUGCUGGUUGGGGACAUGUUGCUGUUGCGGGUGUUGGGCCAUCGCUGUGUGAUGAUGCUGCGCAUGUGUGAGGGGCGGCAGGGGGUGUGGGUCAGGGGACGGGGGGUGGGACCAGCUGAUGGCACUCGGAGGCGAUUGCACGGCAGCAUAGCCCGGGGAGGCAGUAAUCAUGGUCUUGCCCGGUGAGCGCAUCAGUCGCAAAUCCUCUCGUUGCUGUUCGCUCGUGCGAAGCGGGCCAAUCUGCAGUGACGCCGAGAGAGGCACCACUUUCCGAACCCGUCAGCUGAUGUCUCGCUUGCUUUUCAUACUUACGCUUUCUAGGUCGGGCGGGAAGAAUGCGCGAUCGCCGAGGGGCGGUGCCAGUGAGCAGGGAAUGUACGCAAUCACUUUCGUGUCCGCCAGGUCGAUCUGCUUGUUGUAAUCUACAUGAAAUCAAGGUGAGACAGGAGGACAUUUCGCCAUCGUGUGUCAUUGUUUGACCCGCGUAGUUACGUACCAGGGUGUCCGACAGGGAGGCAAAGGAGCCCGACAUAGGGCUGCUGGCUCACGUCCUUGUCAACCUGCUGGAACAAACCUGAUGAGACACAAGACAGACAGAAACACGUGUCCGCCGCCAUGGGUCUGUCUUCUUGGAAUCUCUCAGCGUAUCAAGAUUGAUUGCAAUAUCAGUACUUACCGAUUCCCUCGAGUAUCAUGGGUGCAGCACCCGGGUUCGACAGCCGUGAAGGACUGUGCCGCAAUGCCAAAUGCUCCCGAAAGAACUUGGUCGAAUCUGCAGGACACACACGCGCCAAUCAGCUAAGUGUCUACUCCUCGUCCAUGGUCUGUUCUCACCGUAUGUUUGGCCGCAUGGACACGCCACGCGGGUCACCUUUACUCCAUCCGUGGCCAAAACGUUGGCAUAUAUCCUUCUCUGAGAGCAAGCGUGCCAUCCUUGGGAGAGGCACUGAGCGCAUUGGCCGCACGACCAAACAAUGUAGGGGUAGCGGUCCCGGAGGCGAGGGACGCACCGAGACGCCUGGCUGUUACCCUUCGAUGAGCGAAACAUCCUGCACACAUGCUCAAAGAGUGCCUUUUGUGUCUCCCCCUAUCAUCACUGCAUCGAGCUGACCACAUCUUGCUGUCCGUGUUAAAGUAGUCGCCAUUGUUGCAGUUUUCUUGCCAGUAGUACGACUCAGGCCCCCCUUCAGCCAGCUUCUUGCGGCCCGUGAGGUCAUUUCGAGCCCUCAGCCACCACUCGGCCCCUGAAUGAGAAAUCAGAAUUCGGUACCCCCAUUCUGCGGGAGCAUGCGACGCCAUCAUGGACGGAGCAGCCAUCGGAUUAUGCCCUUCUGCUUUCCCGCAAUUUCGUUGUUUUUCU